AUGCAGAGGAAUACGCUGAAUGCUCUUGUGAAGGAGACUGAGUUUAUAGACGAAACGAUAAAGGCAGCAAAAGGAAAAAUGUCUGCCACAAAAGAGGCCCUGGACGCGAUAACUCUCGAAAUAUCCUCCCUCUCCCUCCUGAAGAACGACAGCCUAGUCCGCACCGCAGCUACAGCGCACUCGAACAUAGAGCACACGAAAAGACUCCUCCUGGAAGUGCGGCAGUUCAGCGCCAAGUACAAGAAGCUCCGGAAGGAGAUGAAGUCGUCAACAGAAAAUCCAAGUGCAGAAGGCCUUCUCUCGAUCUACAAGGAGAUAAAAGAGGUUUUAGGACUAAAAAAUGCAGCACCUGAAAUAACGGAAAAAAUAGGAAUUUUGGAAAAACAGUUCGAAAUAUUGGUCCUAACCCUCGUAGAUUCCCUCCCAGAGAUCGUCCAGAAGGAGGGAGCAGUUGCGUACCUUAAAAUCGUGAAAGUCUCCUCCUCCGAGGCCGCCCACACGGAGGGAAUCUCCAAGCAGAAGCGAAAGGCGAAAAUUCCCUCGAAUUUAGAGUGCAACUUAAGCAGAAACCGACUCUUCGAGGUUUUCCUGGACUCUCUCGACAGGAAAUUCGCAGAGAAUCUCCCCGGAGCCCCAGAGUCUGCGAAAGCUCGCGGUCUUGCCUUCGUCCUGCAGGAUCUCUCCUCCCUGAAGAAGACGGAGAGUCUCCCCGUCUCUGCAAAGUACCAAAUAUUCGCAUUCGCGUGCAUACAAUAUCACAGACUCCUGUACGAGUACUUGGACAAAAACUCCAACGCAUUCGACCCUGAAGAGUCGAUAGGAAUCCUCCUGUGGAGCAAAAACUACUACGCAGAGAUGCUGAAGAUGGGAAAGAUGAAAAGCCUCCUGGGACCCGUCCUCUUCUCAGGGAGGGAGGAGGAAGUUGCGAAUAAGUACGUGAAAGCAGCAGAGGAGAAGCUCACGGAGUGGAUAGGAAACCUCGCAGCAGCAGAAAGUACUCGCUUCCGAGAGAGAAAGAAGGCCCCAGACUUGGACAGCGAAGGAAAGUUCAUAAGCAUCGGAUUCAUGGAUCUCCUCCACAUAAUCAGACAGCAGCUAGAGCCCAUAUACACACACCCGGAGAUAUUCCGGAGACUCUCCCAGCACAUCCUCAAGUGCGUGAGAAAGUUCAAGGAGACGCUUUCCGUCGCUGUCCUUGAGGAGUUGGACCUUCUCCUGAAGGAUAAAGCCCAGAAUGGAUUCGAGGAGUACUGCAUCGCCCUCUCAAACAGCGGCCUAAAGUUCAUGGACUGUCUGCACACGCUGAGCUUCUACAGUGACUCUCACGUACAGGCAAUUAGUGAAGUCUUUCACGAGUGCAUGGUUUGUGCUAGUGAUGCUCUUGUCCAGAAUAUUCUCUUCGUCAUUUCUCCUGCUGUUAGGAAUAUGUAUACGAGGGCGUGGAAUUCUGAGCCUGUCACGCAGAGUAUUGUUUCAACGUACGCAGACUAUCUGAAGGACUACAGGGAGAGCAUGAUCGACUACGCUUUUACUUUCUUCGUCUCCUCCCUCCUUGGGAAUACGGUUGAGAUGUACUUUGAGAGGUGCACGCGAAAAAAGGCUCUUUUCCUGGGGGAGCAUCUUUGCAUCGUAGGAGCAGAUAGGAAGAGGUACCGGGAACUGUUUGGGCAGCACCUCUCGAAGAAUUCUCUUAAGAGCAUCCUCAGGAAGCUCGACUGCUUUAUCGCGAUUACUUCCUCGGAUAAUGUCAGCAUAUGCGCGGCAGAGGUCGCUCUCUACGUGAAGGAGUACCCGGAGGACUCC